AUGAAUUGGAAUUCAGCGAACUUCGUCGCCUACUUGAUCCAGGACUCUCAAAUGCAAGUUGUACUAGCCGAUCAAACCUGUUCUCGUGGCAUGAAACCGUGGAAGAAGUCUUCGUUCUUAACGCUAGGCAAUCCUCCUGCCUCCGAAUCUCUUAUUUUCGUAAUUUUCUUCUUCUCUUCUUUUGGUGCAGAAGAUGGUGAAGGUGCAAAAGAUUCCACCUUAGAUGGUGAGAUCUUCAGAACGGUUGCAGAGAAGAAAACUAGCAUCACACCCGUAUCGCCACAGAGCUGUCUGAAGGAAUGCCCUUUGGCUUUGCAGUUGGCCAACUGGAAUCUUGCCCGAUUAGAGGAACACGGCUGCGUUGCGGGUAGGCAUAGGUAAAG